UGCCACAAAAGUUCCUCUUAUCUGUUCAGCUACAACUGUCAUUUCAAAGAAGGGGAAUGGAGAACAUUCAACUUCUCUUUUUACUUGUAUUAUCAUUCUUUCUGUCAAAAAAAUGUUAUGCCCAAGAAACCUUUUUCCAUUGUAUUUCUAGUCAAUUUUCCAAAAGUAACAUCACAGGAGCACUUGUCUAUGCUCCAAAAUCACCAACAUAUUCAUCGAUUAUUGAACAUGCCCAGAAAAAUCCAAGAUGGUUGAAUUCUUCAUCUGCACAUCCCCUUUUCAUUAUUUCCCCUAGUAAAGAAACUGAACUUAGACCUGUCAUUCUUUGCAGCAAGAAGUUUGACCUGCAAAUUAGAGUGUUAGGUGGUGGUCAUGAUUAUGAAGGUCUCUCUUUUCGUGCCGAAUCGCGGUUUAUCAUGAUUGAUAUGAGCAAUCUUGAUGAAAUCGACGUUGAUUUAGAGGAAGAAGUGGCCUGGAUUCAAGCGGGGGCAACAUUGGGACAAUUAUACUAUGAAAUUGCCAAGAAAAGCAGAGUACAUGCAUUUCCAGGAGGCAUAUGUUAUACUACUGGCAGUGGUGGGCUAAUUAGUGGUGGAGGACUAGGUUCUUUGAUGAGGAAAUUUGGACUUGCAGCAGAUAAUGUCGUCGACACUCGUGUAAUGGAUGCUAAGGGAAGAAUUCUUGACAAAAAAUCAAUGGGAGAAGACUUUUUUUGGGCCAUUAGAGGAGGUGGAGGUUCUAGUUUUGGUAUCAUUCUUGCUUGGAAACUCAAGUUGGCUCAUGUCCCUGAGAAGGUUUCUGUUUUCAGGGUUCAUCGAAUGCUCGGGGGAAAUACAAUAAAUCUGCUCCAACAAUGGCAACAUACAGCAUAUUUAUUGCCUAAAGAGUUCUUCCUUAGAAUGAUUAUGCAAAAUGAUAGAGUAGGAAAAGAUAAGAAAGUCAAAGUCACAUUUGAAGGACUAUUUCUUGGGACAGUUGAUGAGUUAAUUCCAAUUGUCAGUGAUAAAUUUCCUGAGUUUAAUUUGGAGCACAAAGAUUUCUUCCAAGAACCAGUGAUAAAUUGCACUGAGAGACCUUGCUUGAAGAAAGAAUGUCACCAAGUUCCCUGGAUUGGAUCUGUAUUGUUUUUGUACAAUAAAGAAGUUGGUGAAUCACUUGAGGUCCUUUUGGAUAACAGUGUUCCUGUAUAUAAAAAUUACUUCAAGGGAACAUCUGAUUUUGUGAAGACUCCAAUUCCCGAAAGGGGGUGGAAAAUGAUUGAAAGAUUGUUUCUUGAAGAGGACAGGCCCAUGAUAAUAAUAGAACCAUUGGGUGGAAUGAUAGAUGAAUUUUCAGAAUCUGAACUUCCUUUCCCUCACAGAAAGGGAAAUUUGUACAACAUUCAGCACUUGGUGAAUUGGAACGAUAACAGUGAAAGUGUAUCGAGCAAAAAGAUAGGAUGGAUGAGAAAAUUUUACAAGGAAAUGGAACCAUUUGUUGCCAAUUCUCCCAGGACUGCCUAUACCAAUUACAGGGAUAUUGAUUUUGGGACCAACCAAGAAGACUAUAGCUAUUCCAAAGCCAAGAUCUGGGGUGAAAAGUAUUUCAAAGGUAACUUUGAGAGGUUAGCUAAGGUGAAGAGUGUGGUUGAUCCAGAAAAUUUUUUCAGAUUCCAACAAAGCAUUCCACCUUUAAUGGAAGAAGCAUGGCCAAGUGCUUGUGUACCACCCGAAUUACAGGUAUUCUGAUAUGAACUUUUGCAAAUAUAUCCACGAUGGCAAAAGUGAGUACAAAUGUACCCUGGAUGGAAAAUUUGAAUUUGAUGACUUCAACCUUAAGUUCUUACCAUUGAAUCCAUUCAAAAUUUAAUAUUUGUUUAAAUAUUAGUAAUUCUUCACAAGUA